GUCUGUAAAGAGGCGUAGUGGUAGGAUCUUACUCCCAAUGGCUAUAUAUCAUCUAUGAUUGGUAUAAUUAUAUUUUACCUGAAACUGUGCAAAUAAAUCAAAAUACUUAGGAGUUUGUGAAUAGUACUUGGUUAUAAUGUCUGCUGCGCUUGAAUUAUUGAGAAAUAAGAAUCAUAUAGAAAAAACGUACCUUGCUGACAAAUGGGCGCCUAUAUUAGGUGGCACGAUAGGAUUUCUUUCAGCAAUUGCGAUAAGGUUUGGGGCUCGUAGACCUUUACUGAGCGGCAUCCAGCUGCACGUCGCGCUGACGACCGUGUUCAGCGGCGCGUGCGUCUUCGUGGACAGGAAGCGCGAUGACUGGCACGCGGAGCGAGACGCCAUGAUGUGCCACUACAUCGAGCUGCAUCCCGAGGACUUCUCCGACCCAGAGAGGAGGAAAUAUGGUCAACUUUUCCUGCCUUGGAUUCCUGUGCGUUGAGUAAAAAAAAAAUGUGGUUAGCGCAAUAUUUAAGUGUACAUAAUACAUGAUAUUUUACAAUUUUAAACCUUGUAGUUUUUAUUUCAUUUGGAAAUAAAAGUAUUAAGAGUA